AUGGCGGCGGCGGCGCUGCCCCUCCUCCUCCUGCUGGCCCUCGCCGCGGCGGCGCGGGCGACGGACCCCUCCGUCUUCCUCGACUGGGACGUCUCCUACAUCACCGCAUCCCCCCUCGGCGUGCCGCAGAAGGUGAUCGCAGUCAACAAGCAGUUCCCCGGCCCCGUCGUCAACGUCACCACAAACUACAACGUCGCCGUCAACGUACUCAACAGCCUCGACGAGCCGCUCCUAAUCACCUGGGAUGGGAUCCAGCAACGGAAGAACUGCUGGCAAGAUGGCGUUCUGGGCACCAACUGCCCCAUACCGCCCGGCUGGAACUGGACCUACAACUUCCAGGUCAAGGACCAGAUCGGGAGCUUCUUCUACUUCCCGCCACUCACCAUGCAGCGUGCCGCCGGAGGCUUCGGGGGCAUCACCGUCAACAACCGCGCCGUCAUCUCCGUCCCGUUCGACACGCCUGACGGGGACAUCACGCUUUUCAUCGGCGACUGGUACAAGAAGAACCACACGGACCUGAGGAAGAUCCUCGAUGACGGGAAGGAGCUCGGGAUGCCUGACGGUGUUUUGAUGAACGGCAAGGGGCCUUAUAGGUACAAUGACUCCCUCGUCCCGGAUAGCAUCGAGUAUACAACAAUCAAUGUUGAGCCAGGGAAAACAUACCGCUUCCGUGUCCACAACGUGGGUACCUCAACGAGCUUGAACUUGAGGAUUCAGGGCCACAACAUGGCCCUUGUUGAGACAGAGGGUUCUUACACAAUGAAGCAGAAUUUCACCAACCUCGACAUCCACGUGGGCCAGUCUUACUCCUUUUUAGUCAGCAUGGAUCAGAAUGCAAGCAGUGAUUAUUACAUCGUUGCCAGCGCUAGGUUUGUGAAUGAGUCGCUCUGGACCAGGGUUACGGGUGUCGCAAUUUUGCACUACUCAAAUUCAGAGGGCAAAGCAUCUGGCCCACUUCCUGAUCCACCAAAUGAUGAGUAUGACAAAACUUUCUCCAUGAACCAGGCACGGUCAAUCAGGAUGAAUGUGAGCACUGGUGCUGCUCGUCCUAAUCCUCAAGGAUCAUUUCACUAUGGCCAAAUCAACGUGACCCAAGUUUACAAGUUAAGAAAUGAGCCUCCUCUUACCAUCAAUGGAAAGAAACGGACUACACUGAAUGGUAUCUCGUAUUCCCCACCUGCUACUCCUCUGAGGUUGGCAGACCUCGAUGGUAAGGAAGGAGUAUAUGCACUUGACUUCCCAACUAUGCCAUCUGAUGGGCCACCGGUGAUUGGAUCAUCUAUCAUCAAUUCCACAUACAAGAACUUCAUGGAAAUUGUAUUUCAGAACAAUGACACUAAAGUACAGACCUACCAUAUUGAUGGAUAUGCAUUUUGGGUCGUGGGAAUGGACUACGGUGAGUGGACCGACAAUAGCCGUGGGACGUACAACAAAUGGGAUGGCGUUUCUCGUUGCACCACUCAGGUAUUUCCUGGAGCGUGGACUGCUGUCCUACUGUCACUUGACAGCCCUGGUUUCUGGAACGUGCGCACAGAAAAUCUGGACACGUGGUAUCUAGGCCAGGAGACUUACAUAAGGGUUGUAGAUCCUGAUGGAGGUUACAACGUUACCGAGGUGGUGGCUCCAAAGAACAUGCUCUAUUGUGGUCUCCUCAAGGAUAAACAAAAGGCUCAGAAGCCUCACGGGUCAUCAGCUUCAUCAUCCCCUGCGCUAAAACAGAAUGGCAACUACUUGGUGGCAGCUUUGGUCUCGCUGGUAGCGUUGGCGGUUGUUGCACAUUGAAGUAAUUUGCCAGCUAGGUGCUAGAUCAUCUGCUGUCUGCAAGGUAGGAAAAUUGGGCAUGUAGUUCGAGUUCGCAGGUUCCGUCAAUUGGGAGGAAACCCUGCCAUUGUGCAUCAGGGAAUUUGUUGUGAUUUUAACAGAACUGUGUACUGCCUGUCACUCCGCAAUUGGGAGUGGUGUGCUGCCUUGAGAUGAUUUUUCUGUCUCAGAUUCAUUUAGCUAGGCUUGUGAAGAUUCGGAUAUUGGUUGGUGCUAUUUCA